GACGGACAAGCAAUUCCUAGAGAUAAUUCCAUUGAUUGAUCGGUUGGGCAUAGUUUCGCGCUGCCGCAAUAUGUCCCUGUUGACAUAUUCGAUGAACCAAUCAUUUUGUGAUCCACUCUAGAUUUGCUGCUCUUACUCACCAUAUCUCUAUUUAUUCGUAUUUACUAGCAUCCAUUUAAACCAAGCGCCCCAUAAAUAUCUCUUACGAUCUGUUAAUAAUAAGCGUUUUAUCCUUACAUCGCUGCUCCACCCUCACACGUCAAAAGGUUGUGCCGCUGACUGUUGCUCUUUGUGCUACGGCGGCGUUACUCCCCAUUCACCCCCACACCACCACCUCCAUUAUCUUCUUGCAUAGCUGCCAAAACAUAUAUCUAGGAAGCCAGAAGCACACUGCUUUGGUCUUCAGAUCCUAACACUUAAUAUAUAACCAGAUUCCACCUCGACUGAUAUUCAUUAUGGACUCCCCAAUUGUCGACGGCAAGUUCCGGACAGAUAACACAAAGGCCCCACCCUCCACUGGGAGUGUUCUGGACCUCUUCUCACUCAAGGGAAAAACCGCUAUCGUCGCUGGUGCUGGUGCAGGAAUUGGCCUGGCCGUUUCCCAUGCGUUGGCCGAAGCUGGAGCGAAUAUCGCCAUCUGGUACAAUAGCAACAAAGCCACCAUUGAACGGGCCGCGGAGAUUGAGAAGAAGUAUGGAGUUCAAUGUAGAGCAUACCAAGUCAACGUCACGGACCCAGAGAAAGUCUCUGACGCCAUAAACACCAUCGUCCAGGAAUUCAAUGGACGCCUCGAUAUCUUCAUUGCCAACUCCGGUGUUCCCUGGACCAAGGGGGCCAUGAUAGAUGCCGACCUGGACCAUUACCGCAAAGUCAUAAGGACAGAUGUCGACGGCGUUUACUACUGUGCCCGCGCAGCCGCCGCCCAUUGGAGACGCCAGAAAGAAGAGGGCACCGAUAUCAACGGCAAGAAGCUGGAGAAUUUCACCUAUGGAAGUUUCAUCGCCACGGCGUCAAUGAGUGCGCACAUUGUCAAUUACCCGCAGCUACAGACGGCAUAUAAUGCGGCGAAAGCGGCCGUGAUUCAAAUGUGCAAAUCUCUCGCCGUUGAAUGGGUGCGUUUCGCCCGUGCCAACUCUGUUUCUCCCGGCUAUAUCGCCACUGAGCUCUCCAACUUCAUCCCUGCUGCCACCAAGGCCAUGUGGCACGAGAAGAUCCCCAUGGGCCGCGAGGGAGAAACCCACGAACUUGUUGGUGCAUACCUGUACCUUGCCUCGAACGCUUCUAGUUACACAACCGGAACCGAUAUUAUUGUGGAUGGAGGAUAUGUCUUGCCAUGAUCAAUUCUGGGAGGGCUUUUUUUUUGUUCCCUUUCACGCUUGGGUUUAUGCCAGUGUGCGAUCUGCAUUUGUUACAUAUUUCGUUUCCCCACCAAAUUCACAAUUAUUCGUUGGUAACGGAAAUUGAAUAAAUUAGUUAUUCAUUUUUUAUUGUUGCCUUGGAGCAUCAGGUAACAUGGUGAGGAACAAAAGUCCUUUACAUGUUUCUUUCCUUUCUUUUUAAUGGAUUAAAAUAUAUUGUGUUACCUCCCUAUUUUCCCAUAGUUUCGGGAGAAAAAUAAAUGAGAGAGACUGAGAAAAAUUACAACGGUGGUGAGUGCCUCA